GCGAUUUCAGAACCACCAUUUCCACACCCACCCCCGGGGCUGCGCUGCCUGCACGGGCAGCUGCCUGCACUGCCAGGGGGAGCGUGCGUGUGUGCUUACAGGUGUGUGUUCUUGUGUGCACGCGUGGGUGGGCGCGUUUGUGUGUGUACACACGUGCUCGUGUACGUGUGUGGGCAUUGUAUAGAUGUGCACGUGUGUACGUCUGCAUAUACGUGUGUGCUUACGUACAGGUAUACAUAAGCGUGCACGUACACGUGUGCAUGGGCACGUGUGUGUGUAUAGGUGUGUGUGCAUAGGUGUGUGUGCAUACGUGUCUGCAUAUACAUGUGCAUACAAAUGUAUGUAUGUAUAGACGUGUGCAUAUGUGUGCAUGUGUUCUUAUGCACACGUAUGUAUAUAUGUGUGCACGUGUGUUGAGGGGUGUGUGCACGUGUGUGUACACGGUUGCACGUCUGUGUGCUUUUAUGUGUGUGUGUUCGUGUGCACGUGUGUGCAGAUACGUGUGUUUACGUGCGGGCGUGCACGUGCCCGCCCGGAUGCCUGUGCACAUACACGCACGUGCGCACAUACGCACACACGCGCACGUACACGCGCACAGGCGCGUGCGGAGGGGGCGUGGCCGAGAGGGCGUGGCCAGCGGCGGGCGGGGCCCCGCGCGGCGCUGCUACCCGUUGCCGAGGCGCCGUCCAACGGGCGGGUGCGUUGCUAGGGAGCGGCGGGCCAAUGGGCGAGCGCGUUGCUGUUGCGAGGCGGCGCGGCGGGCCGGGCCGGGCGGCGGAGCGGAGCGGGGCGAUGAGCGGGCGGCGGCGGCGGGCCGGCAGCCAUGGAGAUCCGCUGCGGGGGGCUGCUCUUCAGCUCCCGCUUCGACUCGGGCAACCUGGCGCAUGUGGAGCAGGUGGAGCCGCCCGAGGCGGGGCGCGGCCCCGCGGCCUGGGGCGCCGCCCUCCCCGCCGCCGACUACGAGUUCAACGUCUGGACGCGGCCCGACUGCGCCCAGACCGAGUAUGAGAACGGCAACAGGUCCUGGUUCUACUUCAGCGUGCGGGGGGGCGCCCCGGGGAAGCUGAUCAAGCUGCACAUCCUGAACAUGAACAAGCAGAGCCGGCUGUACUCCCAGGGCAUGUCCCCCUUCGUGCGGACCCUGCCCGUGCGGCCCCGCUGGGAGCGCAUCCGCGAGCGGCCCAGCUUCGAGAUGGUGGAGACGCAGUUUGUGCUGUCCUUCGUGCACCGCUUCCUGGAGCACCGCGGUGCCACCACCUACUUUGCCUUCUGCUACCCCUUCUCCUACACGGAGUGCCAGGAGAUGCUGGCGCAGCUGGACGGCCGGUUCCAGGAGUGCAGGCACAUGUCUCCCAGCAGCCCCCUCGACUCUGUCUAUUACCACCGGGAGCUGCUCUGCCACUCCCUGGACAAGCUGCGAGUGGACCUGCUCACCGUCACCUCGUGCCACGGCAUGCUGGAGAAGCGGGAGCCCCGGCUGGACAAGCUCUUCCCAGACACCGCCACUCCCCGGCCACGCCGCUUCGCAGGGAAGAGGGUGUUCUUCCUGAGCAGCAGAGUCCACCCAGGAGAAACACCCUCCAGCUUUGUCUUCAACGGCUUCCUGGACUUCAUCCUGCGGGAGGAGGACCCCCGCGCCCAGAUGCUGCGGCGGAUGUUCGUCUUUAAGCUCAUUCCCAUGCUGAACCCCGACGGGGUGGUGCGAGGCCACUAUCGAGGCCCGCAGGCAGCAGCCACCUCUCUGCGCUUCCCCCCGGAUCUGCAGCAGGGCCUGGGGCUGCGGAGAUCGGCUCCUGGGUCGAGGCUUUCCAGCUCAGGCGAGCAAGGCUGUCCUGCGCCUUUGCGGCCCUCAGACGCCGUCCUGGCCCGUCGCGGCUCUCCCUGGACCGACUCCCGUGGGGUAAACCUGAACCGCCAGUAUCUCAACCCCGACGCCGAGCUGCACCCCGCGGUGUACGGGGCCAAAGCCGUCCUCCUCUACCACCACGUUCACAGCCGCGUCCUGCCGGGCUCUCCUGACUGGAGGACGUACGUCUCCCCGCUCGGCACCAGCUCGCUAAGCACAAAACCUUCCAACCAUUCCGUCCGCAGCAGCGCCCUGUCCCCAGAGACAGCCCUGUCGGAGCUGGAGAAAGCCAAUAACCUCCGCAACUUGCCCGGCACCUGGCGUGCCGGCACCUACUUCGGCCCCUCUCAGGAAUCCCGGCUCACGGGAGCGCCUGCCGCCGAGCUGGGCGACAAGGAGCAGGCUGUCUGGAUCCUCCCUUCAGGCCGCACCGCGGAGCACCACGAGGAGGAAGCCAGGAGGCCUUCACCGGCGCCUCUCCCCGAAACCAUCCUGCCCCAGGACAGCGGGCUGGCCUACUACGUCGAUCUCCACGGGCACGCCUCCAAGCGCGGGUGCUUCAUGUACGGCAAUAGUUUCAGCGACGAAAACGAUCAGGUGGAGAACAUGCUGUUCCCCAAACUCAUCUCCCUGAACUCGCCCCACUUUGACUUCACGGGAUGCAACUUCUCGGAGAAGAACAUGUACGCCAAAGACAAGCGGGACGGGCAGUCGAAGGAGGGCAGCGGGCGGGUGGCCGUCUACAAAGCCUUGGGGAUCAUCCACAGUUACACGCUGGAGUGCAACUACAACACGGGGCGCUCGGUGAACAGCAUCCCCGUGGCCUGCCACGACAACGGGCGGGCCAGCCCGCCGCCCCCUCCCGCCUUCCCCUCCAAAUACACCGUGGAGCUGUUUGAGCAGGUCGGGAGAGCUUUGGCCGUGGCGGCGCUGGACAUGGCAGAGUGCAAUCCCUGGCCCCGCAUCGUCCUGUCAGAGCACAGCUGCCUCAGCAACCUGCGAGCCUGGAUGCUGAAGCACGUGCGCGGCAUGAAGGGCGCAGGCGGGGGCCCGCGGCGGAGAGGAGGUGUCAGGACCCCCCCCAGGAGCUCCACCGGGCUGCCCACCUCCGCCUCCGAUAACACCCUGUCCCACACGAGGAGCUUCGGCGCCGGCGGGAGCGGUGGCAGCCAGCAGGACUCGCCGCAGAUCAAAGCCUCCCCCAGCUUCACCUUCAGCUGCGGCAGGCCCUCGGGUCCGGCCGCCGCAAGCCAGAGUCCUCAGAGAGGCAGCGGCAGAGCCCCGGCACCGGGCAGAGGGACCCUGCCAGCGGGUGCCCGGGCAGCGCCGAGCACCGGCACCAGCCACAGACCGCGGGAGGCCCAGCACGGCGUGGGAGAGCCGGCAGCUGCCCAUGGCACAGCACUGCUGCAGGCGCUCCCCACGAAGCCGGAUGCCGGGAGGGCCCCAGAGCAGCCCGGCCCGGGGGGGCCCCCGCCGCGCCCCAGCAGGAUCCCCGUGCGGAGGAAGGGGGUAGCGACGUGCCAGAGCCUGCCACGGCUCCGCACCGACAGCACCGCAGCCCCCCGGGCCGGGAAGCACAGCCACAGCGGGCCACGAGCCUCGGAGCCCCCGCCAGGUAGGGCCCGGCACUGGGGCUGCCGCGGCACCCGCUCCAGCAACUGGCCUUGGCGCAGCGCAGGGGGGGACCGUCACCCCCGGCGCGGUGACCGCGGCAGGCAGAGGGUGACGCCGGCCUCUGUCCCCGCAGGGCUCUGCCAGGAGCCCCCCAGGGGGGAGCGGAGCGCCGAGGGACUCCUCCUGCGCGGGGGCGAGGGCCUGCUCCCCCAGGUACGGCCCCGCGGCGUCGGGGGGCUGCGGUGCGGGCAGGGUGACCCCAGCCCCGCUCUGCCCCGUGCCGGCAGGGCCUGGGCAGGGGCCGUGGUGCUGGGGAGGGGGCUGCGGCCCCUCUGCCCUGGCCCCUCUCCACCCCGCUCUCCCCCACCGCAGCGCCCGCCGGGCCCGGCCACGGCCCCCCCCUCGCUCAGCUCCUACCGGCAGCUCCUCUUCUUCUGCGCCAAGGCCUGACCGCAGCCACCAGCACCGGCCCCGUGCCGCCGGCCCGUGCCGGGGCACCCCCCACAGCCGCGGGGCCCCCCCAGACCAAAGCUGCACCAGCGCAGAGCCAGGGCUGCGGCGGUGCCGGGGGUCUCGGACCUGCUCUG